AUAUAUUAGCUAAUGUUGGAGAGGAAAAAAACGAAAGAUGUCGAAAAUAUGUGAAGUGAAGUUAGUGAGGGCAUGGUUUAGUUCCUACUGCACAAGAGUUGAGCUAGCUCUAAAAGUGAAGGGCAUAUCUUAUGAGUGCAUAGAAGAGGAUUUAAGAAACAAGAGUGAUUUACUCCUCAAACAAAACCCCGUUCACAAGAAAGUACCCGUUUUGCUGCACAACGGAAAUGCUAUUUCCGAAUCGUUAAUCAUUCUUGAAUACAUAGACGAGUGCUUGAAAGACGGCCCCACGCUGUUGCCGUGUGAUCCCUAUCAGAGGGCUCAAGUUCGUUUCUGGGCUAAUUACUUCGAUCAAAAGUACAUGAGUGGCAUGAUCAAGAUACUUGUGACUAGUGGGAGUGAGAGAGACAAUGCUAUGGAAGAGUUCUGUGAGAUGCUGAGGGUGUUUGAAGAAGGAAUUUCUAAACAUUUUUCUACUUUGUUGUGCUCAAAGGAUUCGAUCGGAUUUCUUGAAAUCGUUGUGGGGUCCACCGGGUGCAACUACAGGGCAUUCUUCGAGGCAGUCGGAGUGGAUUAUCCAUUUGAAAAGAACCACAAAUAUUUUUCUUGGAUAGAUGGAUUGAGAGAGUGCCCUCUGAUGAAAGAGACGCUGCCCCCGCAUGAAAAACUCGUUGCCAAGAUUACGGAGAAGUUCAACUUUCAAACCGAAUCUUGAUAUAUGCGAAAUUUACGACUGAUUGCACAAGUUGUUUUGUUUUGGAAAAACAAUGGUGAUACUAUUAAGUAUUUCCUAUGUAAUCAUGUGUUUGGUUCCACGUACAUCUCUGUUUUUUUUUUCCCGGAGACG